AACACAAGAAAUUCCCACUUUUUUUUUUUCCAGGUGAUCCCGUUUUCUCGCAGAGAUGUCUCUGAACCAGAUGCAAAUCAAGCAGGAGCUGCAGCUCCCCCCCGGCCUGGGUAAAACCACCCCAAAACAGAGCCCGGAGCACCCCCAAAUCCCGGUGCCCGCCCCCUGCCCAGAGCCGCUCCCGGAAAAGGCGAUCCCAGAACCGGGAAAAGGGGAAGCUGCCGGGCCCCAGGAGCAGCAAACCCAAUUCCCUCCGGUAUUCCCGACCCCCGAGCCCGCUCCGCGCCUGGAAGAGAAAUCCUGCCCGGAGCCGGCGCUGGAGAAGCAGGAGCCCAAGGAGAUCCCGGUUCCCGUUCCCGUUCCCAGCUCCGAGCCCGCAGCCUGCGCCCAGGAGAAGCAGCAGUGCCAGGACAUCCCGGUGUCCAUCCCGGAAAAACAGGAAUGCAAGGAAACCCCGGUGUCCAUCCCGGAAAAACAGGAGUGCAAGGAAACCCCGGUGUCCAUCCCGGAAAAACAGGAGUGCAAGGAAAUCCCGGUGUCCAUCCCUGAUCCACACCCUGACCCUGUCCCGUGUGCCCAGGAGAAGCAGCAGUGCCAGGAAAUCCCAGUUUCCAUCCCUGAUCCUGCCCAGGAAAAGCAGGAAUGCAAGGAAACCCCUGUCCCCAUCCCAGUUUCAUGCCCUGAGCCCAUUCCAUGCUCCCAGGAAAAGCAGGAAUGCAAGGAAACCCCUGUGUCCAUCCCGGAAAAACAGGAAUGCAAGGAAACCCCAGUGUCCAUCCCGGAAAAACAGGAAUGCAAGGAAACCCCGGUGUCCAUCCCAGAAAAACAGGAGUGCAAGGACACCCCUGUCCCCAUCCCGGUCCCAGACCCCACCCCGUGCUCCCAGGAAAAGCAGGAAUUCCAGGAGAUGCCGGUGCCCACCCCGGAGCAGCGCUCCCUUCCCGAGAAAUUCCCUCCCCUGCAGCAGCAGGUGCAGCAGCCCGGCCCGUGGCAGAAGUAGAGGGAAAAUCCCGAGCCCGGAGAUUUUCUCCCCGAAUCCAGAGGUUUUUCCAAGCCUUUUUUAUUUUUUUCUUUUUUUUAACCCCUGCCGAGCUUUUGUCGGGAAUUCCUUCCAGCCGCCCCUCCCGCUAACGCCUUGUCCGUUACUAACAGCAGGGAAUUCCCGUCGGGAAUGCUUUCCAGCAGGGUUGUAGCUCUCCACCUUCCCAAAUUCCUGCCCUUUUCCCCAGUCCCGCGGCUUUGGAAUGCCCAGAAAGCCCCAAAAAAUCAUGGAGCUAGGCGGGGUUCGUGAAGGUAAAGAAAAAAGCCCCAAUUCCCUUUUCCCCCUGGAUUCCACCUCCCACCUGGAAUUCAGGAAGCUUUUCCCUAUAAAUAAUCAGAUUUGUGUGGAAUCUGCCGCCAAAACGCUCAGAAAUUCCCAAAUCGGGAAUUAGUCCCGAAUAUUUGGUGGAAUUAAAAAAUAAUCCUUUGGGACUGAGGGAGGGAAAAGGAAGAAUUUUAGGAUCAAUCCGAGCUCACUCUCCCCUUCAAUUUCCUCGGAGGUGUCAAAGAGCAGCUCAGGCCGUGAAUAUUCCAUAAUUACCCAAAUUUAUGGAUAAUUAACUCCACUCCAGACAUGUUUGGGAAGGGAUCAACCCCGGGCGUGGCGAUAAAGGAGGAAUUCCAGCCGGGAAUGUUUCGCCACCCAUCGGUGUUUGGGACUUUGUCUCGUGAAUGUUUUCGGCUGCUGUUGGAUCCAGGAUUUAUUUCACUGUGAAAAUUCCACAAUAAAAGCGACUUUGA